CUGUGAAGGAUGAAUUGCUUUCCUCUCCAAUGCAAUGUAUUUAACUCUAGGACUCGCUUCUUUCCAAAACUCAAUGAAGACGGAUAUGGCUCUACAACUAACAUGUGGUUUGAUUUAAGUUUUUAAUGGUCGAGAAUAUACUUGAGAUAUUUCACCAAAAGAGCUUGAAACGUGCACAUUUAAAGAGAUGAUGGCAUCAAUAGGGGAGUUCGAUCCGCUGAACAACAUCGUUCCUGCAACUAAAAUUGAAGUAACCGUGUCAUGCAGGGAUCUUCUGGACGUGGACACAUUUUCCAAGUCUGAUCCUGUGGUUGUGCUGUAUGUUCAAGGUAUCGGGACCAAAGAGUGGAUGGAGUUUGGCAGAACAGAGGUGAUUGACAACACGCUGAAUCCAAACUUUGUGCGGAAGUUUUUCCUGGACUUCUUCUUUGAAGAGAAGCAGAACCUCCGCUUUGAUGUAUACAAUGUGGACUCCAGAAGUUCAAAUAUUUCAAAAUUUAAGGACUUCCUUGGUCAGACCUUCUGCACUCUGGGGGAGAUCAUUGGCUCCACGGGCGGACGGCUGGAGAAGAGUCUCUCUGGGAUUCCUGGGAAGAAGUUGGGGGCCAUUAUCUUUGCUGCGGAGGAGCUCAGUAACUGUAGGGACAUUGCUACCAUGCAGCUGUGUGCCAACAAGCUGGACAAGAAGGACUUUUUUGGGAAGUCUGACCCCUUCCUGGUCUUCUACCGAAGUAACGAAGAUGGAACGUUCACUAUCUGUCAUAAGACGGAGGUGGUUAAGAACACCCUGAACCCUGUUUGGCAGCCCUUCACCAUUGCAGUGAGGGCCCUGUGUAACGGGGACUAUGACAGAACGGUUAAAGUGGAUGUCUAUGACUGGGACAGAGAUGGAAGCCAUGAUUUCAUCGGUGAGUUCACCACAAGUUACAGAGAUUUCUCGCGUGGACAAAACCAGUUUAAUGUCUAUGAGGUUUUAAAUGCAAAAAAGAAGGGCAAGAAAAAGAAAUACAUCAACUCUGGCACGGUAACACUGCUGUCCUUCAAAGUGGAGUCAGAGUAUACGUUUGUGGAUUUCAUCCGAGGCGGGACACAACUCAACUUCACAGUAGCCAUCGACUUCACUGCUUCUAAUGGUAAUCCGUCUCAGCCCACUUCUCUCCACUACAUGAACCCGUACCAGAUGAAUGCCUACGCCAUGGCACUCAAAGCUGUGGGGGAGAUCAUCCAGGACUACGACAGUGACAAGCUUUUCCCAGCCUAUGGAUUCGGAGCCAAGCUGCCCCCCGACGGAAAGAUCUCCCACGCCUUCCCUCUGAGUGGUGACAAUGAAAACCCAAACUGUGUGGGGAUAGAGGGAGUGCUGGAGGCGUACUUCCAGGGCCUCAGAACGGUCCAACUCUACGGACCCACCAACUUCUCUCCAGUCAUCAACCAGGUGGCACGGUCUGCACAGGAUGUGACAGAUGGCUCUCAGUACUUUGUGUUGUUGAUGAUCACAGACGGAGUUAUCUCUGACAUGGUGCAGACCAAGGAGGCUGUGGUCAACGCAGCUGCUCUCCCCAUGUCCAUCAUCAUCGUAGGGGUUGGACCUGCAAAGUUUGACGCCAUGGAGGAGCUGGAUGGAGAUGAGGUCAGAGUGUCCUCCAGAGGGCGCUUUGCUGAAAGAGACAUUGUGCAGUUUGUUCCUUUCCGGGACUACAUGGACCAAUCAGGGAACCAGGUCCUGAGCAUGGCCCGGCUGGCCAAAGACGUGCUGGCUGAGAUCCCCGAGCAGCUUCUGGGCUUCAUGAAGACCAGAGGCAUCGAGCCCCGGCCUGCUCUCUCCUCAUCAGAGCUGCCCAAGCUCCACAGGCAUAUCUGACACCUAUCACUGUAGUGGGACAGCACCUCUCAACACCCUAACUGGGUCUACACACAUUUGUUGUGCACAUACACACACACUUGACAUCUCUCUCAUCUCUUCAAACCCUAUGCCAUCUCAUUGCAAGUCGAUGGCCCCUCUCCCUAACUCUACAGCGCACAUACUGUAGCUAAACACAGUACAGUACAUACACACAUAGAAUGAGUCUAUGUAUACAUUGUGUAUUUGAACACAUAGGGGUGAGUAGAUAUAGCACCCAAUGCAAUACCCACAUGCACAGUGAUUUCUGAAGAGAAGGAAUACAUAUAACUUACUAUGCCAUGAUGUGACACAAUACAAAGUUCACAUGCAUAUGCAGAAGGGGGAGUUACAGACUGUGAAAGUUACUGAUGUAGAAUAUACAUAUUUAAGAAACUGAGAAACAAAAAUACUAUUAGAUUGUUCCUUUCAGCUCUGGAGUGUGUAUAUAUAUAUAUAUGCAGUGUAUGCAAAGCAGCUUAGACAUCAACUGAAUAUAAAAUACAUAAACAACUGGACAUAUUGCUUUCAGCCCAUACCUCCAAACCCACACCCUCUUUACAUGAGGUUACUCUUUUUAUACACAUAAAUCUGCUUGAAUUACUGUAUCCUAUCCACUGGAAUGACAGGAAUACAUGCUCUCAUGUAACAAACAACAUGUUUUAUUUAUGUUGACUUUCUACUUCAUACAGAUGUUGGAUCUUAAUUUGAUCACUCUUUGGUCGCAGAAAAUGUUCCUGCAUAUCAAGACAUUCAAAUGAGCCUUGUGAUUUAGAUAUGUUCACUGAAAACCCGCAGUUGUCUUUUUCGCCAUGUGGGGGUAGUCAAAUCAUUCUGAUAAUAGACAGCUAUCAAAAUCAUCAUCCCUCACUCACUCAAAAGCUAAAAGCACCAGACAGAAUAUGAAUAAAUGUCCUACUGCUACUGUAGGCCUAUAGGUCCUAUUACCACAAAAUUAAAAUGUAUCCAUACACAUCAACAACCAUCAUCUUAUAUAGCUUAAUAACACAACAUAGAUAUUGGUCUCCACUAUGACACAAGUGUAUCCGAAAUGUGGCCGUAUGUUAGGCUACACCGAAACUAUAGCUUAAGUAAUUGCACACACAGGCCUAUAAUAUCAGAUGUAAAGACAAGAUGAAAUUGAGAAUAGUGAGGUAGCCUACAUUGGAGGGCAAUGGUGCUUGAAAGAGACCGACUGAUUUUAAAACCAAAAAGACACACAAAAAACACAACCCAUGAUUUUUCUUUAUCUAUAGUAUAUAUAUGACUCACCACCUAGAUUUGGCUCCUAUGUAGCAGAAGUUGAAUUUAUGUUUUUUACGUUGGAUAAAAAUAGAGACUCAGAGCUACAAAAUGGAAUAUCAUACACUGCAUUUGAGUAACAAUGGGAAAGUGAUUCUGCUUUGAAAGUUGAUAAACUUGUAAACUCACUAUUGAGAAAAUUGUAUUUUAGUGUUUUGUGAGAGCUCUUCUUUGUCUACACCCAUUCAGCAUCAUUCACACCCUCUUAAGCUUUAGCUCCACCCAUCUCCUUGAGUUCAGAGCGCACAAUUGAUGCUCUGGCCAAUGAUUUGUUUACCUCUGGAUAACAUGAAAACAGCCAAACCAGCUCUGAUGGCAACAAUUUUGUUAUGCCUUUUUGCAGAUGUUUACUGACACCGGCCAUAUUCAACGGGUGUUGUACACUUUAGCUUAAGACAUAUAGCUAGCUACCUAGGUAAACAAUUAACCUAGCUAGGUAAAUAACAUGUAAGAUCACACACGUCACGUCACCUAACCUCAGCUAGGGAGCCAGCCGGCUAACGCUAGCUAACAGUACACUAGCUUGAAAUGAAACCACUUUCUGUCAGAAUUAGAAACGUGUAAUGUCUGAAAAUGUAGCUAGCUGGACUAUCUUACCCGUAUACAUCAUGAUGCAUGAUGGACGCGUCUCCCUGUCACGGAUCCACGCCACAAAUGCCAUUAGUUUGAAGAUGUAAUCCGGAAACAGGUGUUUUCUCAUCUCUUUAGCUAUCAUACUCUAAUUCCACUGAUUUCAAAACUCGAUCCACCAGAAAGUGGAGAGCAAAAAAGCCACGUUCGACAGGAUUACCAACACAGACUGACCAGCUCAAAUAGACAAGGCCUUCUACAUGGCAGACCAAUCCAAAUUAAUCUCUCGGCAUGUCAAGCCCACUCAUUAUCUCAGCCAAUCAUGGUCAGUGGGUAGGUUGCUGACUUUUUAUGUAGCUUAACCAACAAGGCUCGUAAUUUAACAAUUGUAUUUGUAUUUACAGGUGACAUACAAGUUUGUUAUUAAGGCACAUGAAAGUUCACAUGUUCCAGAAGGCAUUUCUGCCAAAAACGCAUUUGGAUUUUUUUUUAAAUGCUUUACGUUCAAACAGCUCUCCUGUGAAGUCGUGACUUGCGACAUACGCCUAGCUUCCUGAAUCAGGUCAAAUAUUAUCGAAAAGAGGGCUACGAAUCAACUGCCAAAAUUAUGUUCAAUUGUAUCCUGGGGUGGUCUAGCGGUCACGGCUGUGCAAAUAUAGACCAAAUAUGUUGCUGUGGGUUCGAUUUUGUCCCACUCCCUUCUGGCAAAUAACAAACGUUAAAACAGGUUAAUAUGCCCCACCAACAUUAAACAACUAUACAGAGUGCCCUUAAAGUGUUGAAAUAAGUAAAUAAAAUCAAUGAUGAGAGAAUAGUCAAAUUAACUGAUAACUGACAUGGUGGUGUAGAAGGAAGACUUGAAUGCCAUGAACCAAGAGGUUGUGAGUUCAAAUCCCAGGUGUGUACAUAUUUGAUAAUAAUUACUGUAUAAAUGCACAAUAUGCACAAUAUAAUCAGGUAUGUCCAAUACAGUGCCUUCAGAAAGUAUUCACACCCCUUAGCUUUUUCCACAUUUGUUGUGUUACAAAGUGGGAUUUAAUUGUCAUUUUCUGUCAAUGAACUACAUAAAAUACUAUGAUGUCAAAGUGGAAAACAAUAUAACACUAUAUCUUGAUUUAAUGCAUCUUGGAAUCACCUUUGGCAGUGAUUACAGUCUUUUGGGGGUAAAUCUCUAAGAGCUUUGCCACACCUGGAUUGUGCAACAUUUGCCCAUUAUUCUUUUCAAAAUUCUUCAGCUCUGUCAAGUUGGUUGUUGAUCAUUGCUAGACAACCAUUUUCAAUUCUUGCCAUAGAUUUUCAGGCAAGUAAAAACUCUAACUGUGUGGAUUUGGCCUUUGGUUAUUGUCUUGCUGAAAGGUAAAUUCAUCUCCCAGUGUCUGGUGGAAAACAGACUGAACCAGUUUUUCCUGUAGGAUUUAGCCUGUGCUUAGCUCCAUUAUGUUUAAAAAAGAAUGUAUCCUGAAAAACUCCUUAAUAAUUCAAAUCAUACCCAUAACACAGCCACCAGUAUGCUUGAAAGUAUAGAGAGUGGUACUCAGUAAUGUGUUGUAUUGGAUUUGCCCCAAAUUGCUUUGCCACACUUUUUGCAGUAUUACUUUAGUGCCUUGUUGCAAAUAGAAUGCAUGUUUUGUAAUAUUUGUAUUCUGUACAGACUUCCUUCUUUUCAAUUAGGUUAGUAUUGUGGAGUAACUACAAUGUUGUUGACCCAUCCUCAGUUUUUUCCUAUCACAGUCAUUAAACUCUGUGACUGUUUUAAAGUCACCAUUGGCCUCAUGGUGAAAUCCCUGAGUGAUUUCUUUCCUCUCUGGCAACUGUGUUAGGAAGGACACCUGUAUCUUUGCAGUGACUGGGUGUAUUGAUACACCAUCCAACGUUUAAUUAAUAACUUCCCCGUGAUCAAAGGGAUAUUCAAUAUCUGCUUUUUACUUUUAUUCAUCUAGCAAUAAGUGCCCUUUGCGAGGCUUUAGAAAACCUCCCUGGUCUUUGUGUUUGAAAUUCACUGCUCGACCGAGAGACCUUACAAUAAUCUGUAUAUGUGGGGUACAGAAAUAAGGUAGCCAUUAAAAAAUCCUGUUAAACACAUAGAGAGUCCAUGCAACGUAUUAUAUUUUUACUCCUGAACUGAUUUAGGCUUCCCAUAACAAAGGGGUUGAAUACUUAUUGAUUCAAAGCAUUUCAGCUUUCCAUUUUUUUAUUAAUUUGUAAACAUUUCGAAAAACAUAAUUCCACUUUAGCAUUAUGGGGUAUUGUGUGUAGGCCAGUGACAAACAUCUCAAUAUAAUACAUUUUAAAUUCAGGCUGUAACACAACAAGAUGUGGAAAAUUCAAGGUGUGUGAAUACUUUCUGAAGGCACUGUAUGCAAGCCAACCUUGCCAACAAACAAAAAGAGCUGUGGAUCAGUGGUUCACCAAUCAGGGCCUUUGAUGGGCUUGGGACCAUCAGGCGACAUGCUGACAACAGAUACACAGAAAUGUUCUUGCAACGUUCCCAUGAACUGUGUCUUGAACAUUAAUACCUUAUAUUCUGAGAACAUGGCAACCAUGUUCUGUGUAUGUUUGGUGGGACGUUGAUAGAAUAUUCUCCUACCCCACAGAAAACUGGACACAUGAAUGUUCUUGCAACGUUCCCGUGAAACACGUCUAGAACAUUCCUAUCCUUUGUUCUGAGAACAUGUUAAUCACGUUCCAAGUUCUAUUUGACAUUAAGGGAAUGGUCUCUUGGAAACACUCCUUGCACAUCACAGGAACAUUCCUAUGAACUUUAGUUAAUGACCUUAUGACCUUAACUUUAAUGACCUUAACUUUAGUUAAUGACCUUAUGAGACACUAAAGGGAACAUUCUCUAAAGUUGUGGGAGCAUUUGUUGUUAGCUGGGUCAAUCCCCUGAAUGACUGGACAGUCCAGGGAUAUUUUAUCCCGAUCUUGAUAAGAAAUGACCAUAGCAGGCGCUUUUAUUUUAAAGACAAUUGUAUUUAAUGGAUAACAUAAAUAGAAAACAACUAAAAUAAUAAUUGGCUAAACCAACAUUAGUUUUUAUUCAAACAAAGUGUCUGGUAAAUUGCCACAGUAAAUUUGCUAUGGUAAACGAGGAAAUAUGUUAUUUAUAUUGUACUGAAUUCUUGUCAAAUAGAUAAAUCGCCCUUAGUCUUCAAAAAGGACUACAUUGUUCCAAUGAUAAUACCAACCAGAGGGGAACAUAUCUUGAAAGACUUUGGUUUCGUUGAGCUGACACUUUUCUUUGAUGUGUAAAUUAUCAGACUAUUCGUUUUACUCCUUGAAAACAUUGAAAUAAAUGCAAUAAACUUGUGGGCCUAAUGUAGGCUAUAGACUAUCUAAAUUAAUAGACACAUUUACAAUCCGAUGGUGGAACUCCAAGGACAAACUUACAAGUCCUCUGAAGUUUUUAAUUUCCACCUCAAAAUCUCUGACCUGAAUCUCAGCACAUAGAGUUUAUUUUAAAUUUCUUUGUUUGUUUUCUCUUUCAAUGGUGGAAUCAGUCAACAUAGCAUUAAUUGUUGCUUGCUAGGUCUGCAUGUUCGAUUAAUUCAUUUAGCCAACUGUACCUUGUACUAUUUAUAAUCCCGUUUUAUUUUGGACGUGCGCUCACAAUCUAAUUGUUAUUUUCCAAUUAUUUAUUCUUUCUUAAAGGAAUUUUUCCAGGAGUGUGGCAGUCCCACUCCAUUUGUAAUUUUGUAGCUUUUAUUGAAGAGAUGAGCAGGGUCUGAAAAGAGGAAGAUAUUAGAAGGCAUAUCCAUGGAAAGUAGGGGUGAGGACGGUGCUGCAGAUUAAAUAAAUAAAUCAAUAUAAAAAAAAAAUGUUACAAAUAAAAUAGCAAAAUCACCAAAUUAGUGAACUAGGCCUUUAUUAUUACUCCUGUAUGAGUUGAGAGAAAUAAUCACCAGCAGAGAGGAGAAAAAAAUCUCCCUAAUGGAAAAAAAAUAUACCCUCUACAAAGAUGUACAUUUAUUAUGAUUCACAUAAGAAUUCACACCAGAUGCACGGUUACUUGCACAUAGUCUACAUGGGCUGCUUGAACCAGAGCCCAGUGGAACUACAGUCUAAGUUACACUGCAUGACCAAAAGUAUGUGGACACCUGCUCGUCGAACAUCUCAUUCCAAAAUCAUGGCCAUUAAUAUGGAGUUGGUCCCCCUUUGCUGCUAUAACAGCCUCCACUCUUCCGGAAAUGCAU